CAAUAACAAUACAUGUAAAUAGAUUAGUAACAUUAGAGCAGCGAAGAGUGAAACCGGAAAUUGGCAGUUUGUGAGAGAGAUAGUCGAUUUGUAAGUCUACUUCAUUUGCUUCAACAGCAAAAUACCGCAAAAAGCCGCAAGAUGUCGCAAGAAGCUUGAAUGAUAAUUCAAUACUAUAUUUGAGUCUCUUUAUAAGAUCGCUUUGUGAUUAUUAUUUAUUUCAGUUGAUUAAUGUGACGUAUUUACUUUCUUUGCUUAGAUUAGUCAUUAGUUAUUAUCUUAACUUUAGUUUAUGUAUCAGCCAAAUAGCGAUUUCGUUCCCAAUGCUGUUUUCCUAUAUUCUUCUCAUUAAAAAGUCAAGGUGAUUAUCCGGAGACGAAGGUAGUGCUGAAGUCGAUGGUGGAGCGCGCGAGUCGGCGGAUUGUGCGGAUCAGUCAUUCGCCGGCCGCCGGUGUGGAAUGUUGUGAUUGUAUUUCUCAUUGCGACGUUCACGCUUUCACGUUUUGCCCGAACUCUCGCCGCCGGAGUAACGUUCCUUUCCCGUGUCCGCAGUGGAGAAUGCCGUUCGCGACGCUACCGAGAGUAUUGCUCGACGCCAUAAUCGAUCUGUAAAAGAAUCCGCGGAGGAGUCGCCACCGCUUGUCGUCUCUCUCACGACAGCAUCUCGCGUUCCGAAUCUCGGUGCGGCGGCUUUUUGCAAUGUGAGAACUCGCGCGAACGCAAGCGAUUGGCGAGAGUUCAAACGUCGAGGCGAUACCGAAGCGAGCGUGCCAAGAUUUUUGUGCUGUGCUGUGCGUUAUACACGAAUGUAUCUCGGUACCGCGAGUGUUUAUUUUCAACGACCACCUGUUGCGCGGCUAACCUGUGCACGUCCCCCUUGUGUCACGUUGGAUUAACCGGAUUACGCGCGCCGCCGGAAUGCCCUUCGCGUGAAGAUAAAUCAUCAACCGUGGAGACGCUACUAGGACGCCGCGAGAGGAAAGGUGGAUCCGUGAAGUUGCAGGCGGAGGAUUCAGGGGAAGGGGGAAUCUAGUGAGGACGCUGGGCGCAGCGGCGACGACAUGAAGCAUGCAGCAUGCGUGGUAGCGGUGUCACGGCUGCGCGGUCUUGCCUUCAACCCCUGGUGUCCGCCAGCCGCUAUCUCGCUGUACACGCCCUUCCCGGUGAUCCGCUCUACUUCAUCGUCGAGGCUAAAUCGAGAGUAAAGGAGGUUUAUGCGCAGACAUGUACGCUGCUCAGCCAACAGGGCAUGCGAGAUUGCGAACUUUUUGGCCUGGCAAUAUUGUCCGACGGCGAGUAUCUCUUCGUGGAUCCCGAGAAUAAGCUGAGCAAAUACGCCCCGAAGAAUUGGCGAAACUCUCAUACAUACGGUUUAGACAGCAGUGGGAGACCAGCUUUCGUCCUGUACUUUCGUGUUCGUUUUUACGUCGAUACGCCAUUACUCCUAAGCGAUGAGACGACGCAACACCACUAUUACCUGCAACUGCGCGACAAUGUUGUCCGGCAUGGCGGCGGAGUGGAGAGCCUCCAUCCUCACCAUCCCUUGCACGAGCCGUCCAUUGUUACACCGUUGCUCGCGCUUGCUGGGCUCGCCCUACAAGCCGAUCUUGGUGACUACGCCGAGGAACGGCACAGGCCACACGCAGGAUCUGUCGGUUACUGCAAGUCCACGGAUUACCUUCCUCCCCAUAUGUGCCUCGAGGCCAAUGUGCUCACCGUGCUCGCGGCCCAGCACAGGGAGAACAGCGGGCUCUCCAGAGAGGAGGCAGAGCUGCAGUACAUCCGGGAGGCGGUACUGUUGGAGGCGCCACUCAACGCUCACCUGUAUCGGCUGCGUCGGAGUAAAAACGAGGCGGGACCCGGACGGAUUCUCCUGUCAAUAUGCGCCCGCGGGGUGCGAGUCUACUCCGAGGAGGAGACACCGCGUAUCUUCGCCUGGAACAACAUCGGCAAGCUUUCCUUCGACCGCAAGAAGUUUGAAAUCCGUGCGGUUGGUCAAACGGACAAACUCACCCUCUACAGCGGCUGCGAUGAUAAGAGCAAGCUUCUCCUGGGGCUUUGCCGCGAAACCCAUCAAUUUUCCAUGGCUAUAGCACCUAGAGUAAACGAGGCCAAGAGACGGGAGGAAGAAGAGCGGAAAGUCUUGAGGGAUUGUUAUAUGUAUCCUACCCGAUGCAAACUGAGCUUAACGACGCGCGGUGCACGCGGCGACCAGCGAAUUUCAGUCAUCUCGAGCACAUCUUCAAACACGACAUCCGGUAUAGUCAGUGAUCGGGUGCACAGCGAAGAUGAGCCCGACACCGCACCUGCUUCGACCGAGUGUUUGCCACGGCUUACCGAGACGGCACCUUACUCGACCACUCAGAGUAGAGUCUUGAACGGCACAAACGCGGAUACGGACAAUCACUCAAUGCCACCUUCUCCCGUGUCCAUUAUCGACGGACAAUUUUCAGAAGUUGACGGGUUAGAUACCACUUCUACGUCGGUGGCGUUACGCCUUGCGUCGAGCGCCACUAUGGCCGCCGAGGGCUCGCAGUGCAGCAGCAGCUGCAGCACAGUCGUCGUCGUAAAUGCACCUGCGGGUGGGCCUUCGCGAAUGCGCCGCACCUCAGCAACCUCCAGUUUAGAAUUAGGCUACUCGCACACAGCACAAAACUCCGCGGUUUCUUCGGAAACAGCCAGUUUCCCGGGCGCUAUUUAUGAUCGCUGUAAGAAGACGAGCAAAUACACAGGUACUGACAUUGCGAGCGAGACCAGCGGUGUUUACACGCUACGAAGUAGCGAGAUGCAAGACGAACGGAUCGGCGAUGAUCUGUACUCACCUACGGGGGACACCAACGAAUCUUCGGCGGCGAGCGACGUCUGCGCUCUGAGCUCCGUUCAAUCCACCACCGACGAAGCGUCCGUUACGUCCGGUUUUUACACCAUUCACAGCGGAUUGCGGUCCGAGAGCAGCGACGUUUAUACCGAGGACGUCAGCGCGGAGGAUCAGGAACCAAUAUACAGUGUUUGCAAAGGCGACGACGACGGGGUCUCCCUGAAUCAACGGCUCGAGGACUCGCGCUCCCGCAGCAACAGUAUUCUCAGUGCAGACAGUUUUCGCGGUGACGGUAGCGAUCCGUCCAGCGUGAGACCGCUGCUUUCGGCCGACGAGUUGUCGGAUCUGAUAGUCGGCAGAUAUCCCCCGCGCAAGACUAUCAGCACCUCGAUGGACUCGGACUGCGAUUACGUGACUAUGCCGCUGCCUUUGCCGCCACCGCCGCCGCCACCGCCGCCGCCGAGAACGGACAGCGAUCGGCAAUUGCCGCCACCACCACCGUAUCCGAUAGACAACAUCGAUUACGCCACGAUCAACGUCUCGAAGAGAUCGAACGUAGUGGAAUUGGAUCGAGAGCGGGAGCCACCGCCGCCACCACCGCCGUACAACGCGACUCGCGGUGAUUUCGUGCCGCUGCCACCCAGACGAACCGAUCCGCCACCACCGCCGCCUCCGUACACCUCGCCACGCGAGAGGAUUCAAAUACCGCCGCCCACACCACCGCGAAAUGACGCGGUAACGCCGCGAGAACCGCCGCCACCCCCUCACCCUAUCCCGAUAUAUCGGCGACGACCGGUCCGAAUUCAGCCGCCCACUUACCCGGGUGAUAAGAUGAAGCCCACUCCGGUGCACGCCCCGGUUGCCGCUCUUGUGGUGAGUCCAAACAAUUACCUGGAUGUGCACGCAUCCCGAGGUGGUGCGGUGCUUCUGCCGUAUCUGACAGCACCGCCGCCUCCGCCGCCUCCACCUCCACCGCCAUUAGUACAUUCGCGACAACCGCCGCCGCCACCACCGCCACCGCCACUGCCGCCCCAGCCGACGUCCAGUCUGGCGACCGUCUACACGAGUCAGGUCGCCCGGUCACAGAUUGAACAGUACAAACAGCAGUUAUAUUCUGACGUCGACUACGUCAUGUUUCCACUCAAGGACCCGGCGGUGUCGAAGCAGGAGUACAUCGACGCGAAGCAGGGCUCUCUCCUGGCAGCCAUGGCGGCUUAUCCACCGCCGCCGUACCCCUCAUCUUUCAGCAAGUCCUCGGUGAUGUAUCGCAGCACGCCGUAUCUUCCCGGUUCCUCGUUUUCCUCGCAGUCCAAGUACGCGUCCAACCAGAAUCUGAGCGCCAGCGAUACCGGCAGCUCCGGCGGCAAUUACCUAUUGCACGGUAAUUUAAACAGUCAUUACGCCGCCAGCACGAGCUCGCUGUAUAGCGGCGUGACUUGUUCGUCCACGGGCAGCCACAGUCUCAGGAGAGAGCCGCCCGCACCAACUCACCCUCAUACAUUGCAUACGUUCUCGCGGACUAGAAGUGAUGAAAAUAUUCUCAAGUGCUUGGACACUCUAGUUGUGAGCAAAAUGCAAUCCAAGCAUCGCAGGUUACCACCGCCUCCACCACCACCUCCUUACGAAAUACAGAAUCUUGAAAAAAAUCAACCGUUACCACCGACUUCUUCAACGGCAACUUCCUCUUCAAGUGUCACUGCGAACCUAAUGAACAAACCUAAUAAAUCCAGCAACGGUACGGAAGAAAACGACGAAGGGAAGAAUGACGGCAUGCUGGACAUCCGAACGCUUCGGGAGAAGAGUCGUAACUUGGAUUUACCGUUAAUCUCCGCGCUGUGCAAUGAUCAAUAUCUGCUGAAGCAGACAAAGGCCUUCGUCCUGCCGAGACAUCCCAGCGAGACCGCUUCCUCCGCCGCUGCGUCCACGAAGAACGGCACGCGGAGCAGCAGCAACGGGACGACUUCUAGAAACAAGUAUCCAGUGAGUGGAUUGUCAACGACACAAAUUCAGAAACCGCCCAGAAAGUCCUCGACCAGUACUCACAAGCAUCCCUCCGAGGCGAAGGGAAACGCCUAUAGGGUCAACACGUCUUCCGCAGGGAUCUCGACGGUUAAAAAGGACUUUACGAGGGCAUCUCAUUCCUAACGCUCGCUCUUUUCUCAUUUUUAGGAUUUUAUAGCUCAGGAUAAAAAUACAUUCCACAGUCCCGACCUGACCGCACGUUACAUUUCGUUCCAUUUGAUGUAACUAGUGUGACGUAGUAAGGAAAAGUACGACAAAUUGCAUAUCGUUCCCGCAGACCGUGCUUCUUCGACUCAGGGUGCCAUCUUAUUCAUUCGUCAUUCUUUUCCUGAUCUUUUACGGACAUUCGAAAGCUCCGAUAAUUAGAUUAUUUUUUGUUCCAAGCGACGGGAUAUACAUAUAUAUCUAAGUCGCGUAAAUCGCUUAUCGACGAAGAUAAGCGUGUAAAACACUUCAAUCACUUGCGCUCUUCGCUCUCAUAAUGCUUAUUUUUGAAAAUAACACACUUGCGCAAACCGCAUUCUCAUGUAAGAUAUUUUAGGUAUUUCGAACUUUGGUAUGGGAGAAUCCCGGAUGCACAUAGAAUUUAAUGGACACAGCCGAUUCCUUCUGUGUCCAUUUCUUCUUGUGUCUGUUUGUAGCCUUUAUGUGUCCGUUUGGAAUGUAACCGACUUACACUGUGUGUCCAUCUCAACCACACUGCUGUGUUCGUUAAAUUCUGUGUACAUGUGGACCUCACCUCUUUGGUAUUAGGCACUUGAAGUGUCUAUCGUCUCUUGCUCAAUUUUACGGCCGAUACGAUGGAAAUUUGAUUUAUGAGCCCCAAUAAAGGCAGCGCUAGUCUCGCUCGUUAGGAUAAACCAUAGAGUUAUUGGCCAUUUUAUACUAAUCAUUCUGUGGUAAUUCACUAUGCAUGAUAAUUGUUACGUAUUUAGUCUCUGAUGUAUUAAUUUUGUAUUAAUCACACGAAUUUAUAAAUUUUGAUAAAGUUUAAUUAAAAUAAUUCUAUAAGAUCUGAAUGUUUUAAGAAAUACAACAAUUUUUAUUGGGCUAUAAGACCAAACACUAGUUGUUCGUACGAUUUUAUAUUUUAUGUUUACAUCGUACUUUUACAGACGUUUUUGUCGUUCCAUUAGAGACUUUCUUCAGUAUAGUUAUAGUGACGGAUAACUUGUAAACAGCCUAACAGAAACUGUUGUAUUUAAUUAAAAUAAUCUUCGUUUUGUACAUAUGUCGAUUGCUAUUAGUGUUUGUUAAUUUAAGAUGGUCGAGUAACUCACACAAUUCGGAUCUCGAGCUUGAAUAUCAAAAUUUCGAACUUUUGUGUAAAGAAUUCUAAGAAUUGUUUUUAAUACAGUACGUAUUGAACAAUUUUAUUACGAAAAGAAAAUAUUGCUUACGUGGCCAAUAAUCAUAUAGUUUACCCUACUUAUGUCGUAAAAAAAAGCGACUUUCUUAGGUAAUAAUCUCGCGAAAUGCAUUUAUAUUUUGGAAGAAGACAUAUAUCAUUAUUGUAAUUAGAGAAAUUAUUAAAAUUAGAGAAUAGUACCUAUCCUAGAAUGUCUCUAGGAAUAAUAUUUAUUACCGAGCAGUUUCUCGUCUUUAUAUUUUACUAUCUCCAUCAGUGCUCGCUUUAUAGUGCUGUUAUCGAAGCGUACUUAUUUUAUGUAAAUGCGCGCGCUGUUAGCGUAGUUAACUUCUUGUACUUUUGUAACAGAUAUAGUUUAAUAUUACAAAGCUGUCGAAACAUUCGAAUUCAUUGGCACAAUGAGAUUGAUAUCAUUAAGUUUACACUUAUAAAGCAUGCAGAAAUUACACUGCGGAAUAUGUACCAAAAGGUAAAAACUUUAAUGAAAUCACUUCCGCUUUAGCGUGAAUCUUACGUCACAUUGAAGAGAAAUAUGCCAAUUUAAAACUUAUAAAUAAAUGUGAUUUUUCGCGUAACAUUGUAAAAAAGAAACACAAGUUGAAAAAUUUAUCGGUUUAAAGAUAUGAUUGCCACACUUUGAAAUAAAAAAAAGACGAACAAAAUGGCGGUAUUAUGGUAAUCUAAAGUGUGAAAGUGUCACCAGGCGUCAAUACCCAGUAAAUACAAGCUAACAGUAACAUAACGUCAAUAUUAUAAUUUCCCACUUAACAAUGUAACUGCAAUAUAACAUGCCUUGUACGUAACAAUUAUGUUGUUGAGUGGGAAAUUGUAACAUUAAUGUUAUGUUACUGUUACUUUGUGUUUGCUGGGUAAUGUCUUUCAAUUUCGAACUUUUUACGUCGAAUAUAUUAUGUCUACAAAUUUUGCAUGACUAAAAAAAUUGUUAAAAAGUAAAGUAUUAUAUCAGAAGUUAUAAGAAUUUGAUAUAUUGAAUUUAUCAUAUUCUUGUGGUUAAAAGAAUGUCAAAUUUUAUAACAAAUUUGGAUAGAUUCUGACAAAUUUCGACAUAUUUUAUUACUUUGUCAAUCUAUGUUUCAAAACCAAAGUAAUAAAAUAUUUCAUUAAAAUCAAAGUUUAUUAGAAUCUAUUGAAAUUCGACACUUUUUAAAGAAACUGUAAGAAUACGAUAAAUUCAUACAAAAUAUAUUAUAUCUUACAAUUUUUCUCAAAUUCUAACUUUUGAGAUAUUUAUUUUUAUCAGGCCAAACCCUUAGAGUUGCCACAUUCUUAAAUCUAAUUCUGAGUCAUGGUGCAAUUGCUCUAAUUAUUUACUUUUUAUUUUUAAUUAGGGUUUUUAAUUUAAAUGUAAAAUAUAUUGUAUGGAGUUUUAUCUGUUUCAAAUUGUUGGCUAUUUAUAAUUACAUAUACUGUGCUAAUAUGUUCUAGACAUAUGUAUUAUACUUUAAAUCACCAUAAUUUCGCUAUUUCUUAAUUAUUUUAAAAUAUAUGUGAAAUAUUCAGUAAGAGUCUACUAAAAAAUUUAUUGGUUUGUCACACUUACAGUUUGUAACAUAAAAUUGAUUUUAUUUCGGAUCUUAUAAGAUGGCACAUCUCUAUAAUCAUAAUUCUUAAUUAAAAAGCAAUAAUUUAGUCGUAAAAAUUAUCUACGUUAAUUAUCGUUAGGUUUUAAUAUUAUAUUAUGAACACCUCGUUUGUACAUAACAUUGCGCGACAUUACAGUACAUGAUAUAUAGACAGAAAUUUCGUGCAUGUAUCCCACACGCCAUCUCAGUUACGAAUAAACAAUAAAAUUUUUUGUAAUGAAAA